CGGCGGGCGGCCGGGGUGGCUGGAGUGGGGUCCGCUGCCCGAGGAUGGGAAUUCUCUUCACCAGGAUAUGGAGACUGUUCAAUCACCAGGAGCACAAAGUUAUCAUUGUUGGGCUGGAUAAUGCAGGGAAAACUACUAUUCUUUACCAAUUUUCUAUGAAUGAAGUUGUGCAUACAUCUCCUACAAUAGGAAGUAAUGUAGAAGAGAUAGUGGUUAAUAAUACGCGUUUCCUAAUGUGGGAUAUUGGUGGCCAAGAAUCUCUUCGUUCUUCCUGGAACACUUACUAUACGAACACUGAGUUUGUAAUAGUUGUUGUGGACAGUACAGACAGAGAAAGGAUUUCUGUCACUAGAGAAGAACUCUAUAAAAUGUUAGCACAUGAGGACCUAAGGAAAGCUGGAUUGCUGAUUUUUGCUAAUAAACAAGAUGUUAAAGAAUGCAUGACUGUAGCAGAAAUCUCCCAGUUUUUGAAGCUCACUUCUAUUAAGGAUCACCAGUGGCACAUCCAGGCAUGCUGCGCUCUUACUGGCGAGGGACUGUGCCAAGGACUUGAGUGGAUGAUGUCACGACUUAAGAUUAGAUGAUCUCUACUGACCUCGUCUUAUAUGGACUUUGUGUAAACGAAGUGCUGGACUUUACCUGAAAGCUGCAAAAAUUAAUGGUUUAGAUAUAUUUAUAAUAAACGGAUUCAAACUUUUUCUAUAAGAAGAAAAACUAAGACCACUUAUUUGGGGGAGGAAAAAAAAGACGACAAAGUCUCACCUUUCAAUUUGCUUUUUCAUUAGUUCUUCCAAAGUAAGGUCUUCAAGCUGUGAUUGACUUUUUUCCCCUCAUAAUCAAUCCUCUCAGGACCUUGGGUAGCCUCUGGUAAGUACAAAGGAGAGGAAGACAUUUUUAACUUUGAGAACUAUGUUUUCAAUACCACCCUCCCUAGUUGAUCGCUGUUCUCUUGUUCCAUUAAGUCGAAGUACAAAUCAGCACAGAUACUGUUUCCGAUAUUUUAAAAUGUAAUGUUGCUUUUGGAAAGUAUUUUACAUAAGGUUGUGUGUUUUGUGUAUAUACCUCAAGUUCAAGUUAAUAGCAUUGACUUAUGUUCUAAAGAAUUUUUGUGAAUAACAAAAAAUGAUAACAUCUUUAAUCAUAACCAUAAUAACAUGCGUGUUGA